UGGAUUUAGUAGAAUGACAUUUUAUAUUUAUCAAUAAAUCUAAUAAAAUUAUUGUUAUUAGUAAAUAAAGUACAUAUAUUUACACUUUACACUUAGUUAUGUACAUAUGAUGUUAAAGCGAUUAAUAUAAGGAAUUUCAUACGUUAAUAAUAUUUUUAUCCUCAUUUAUGUGUUAUCAAAAUGUUGGAAAGUUUGGGUUUGCUCCUGCUGACUGGCGUUCUAUGGGGAUGCACGAAUCCAUUCAUCCGCCAGGGUACUAAAGGUUUACGUAAAGUGCAAGCGAAAUCUUGGACAGGCCAGGUCUUUGCGGAAGUAUCAUUUCUUGUGGGAAACUGGAGGUAUGUGCUGCCCUGGUUGGUGAAUCAGAUAGGGUCAUUGGUAUACUUGGUCGUGGUGCAACGCGUUCCGCUCUCUCUCGCUGUGCCAGCGGCUAACAGCCUGGCUUUCGCGUUCACAGCUUUAACAGGCUCUAUCGUGGGGACCGAGGAACCUUUAAAUCAAGGUUCCGUUUUCGGGAUAGUUCUUAUAGGCGUAGGAACAGCUUUGUGCUGCUGGGAUAAAAGUUAAAUAUAGAAUGAAAUAUUUUGUAUUUGUUAAAUUAAAUUUGUAUUUAAAAACAUAUAUAAUUCAUCUAAAUAAGUAUUUAUACAAACUGUUCUACAUCUUUAAAGAAAAAUAUAGAGUAA